AGGACCACAGCAAAACUUUGAUGCGCGUUACUACACACAACCAUGGCGACUCUGCUCCGAAAAGUCUGGGAAUCGGUCUCCGCUCGUUCGGCUUCGGCUUCGGCUCCGGGAUCAAGUCCAUACUCCAGCUGGAGCUCCAGCGACGGCUUCCACCAGCUCGCCUGUAUCAGGGCGUCUUCCAUGGGGGAUUUUGAUCGGAUUCCGAUCGAUAUAUUCAUCGUUAUCGUCAAGCUCCUUGGCCCCAAGGAGGCAGCCAAGCUCACCGCCGUUUGUAAGUCCUGGAAAUUCAUCGUCUCCGAUAAUCGCUUGUGGAUUUACUUCCUUCAGAAUCAGCAAGAUCCUUGGGAUUCUAUCUUCUUCGCCGAAACUCAUUUGCGAUCAGGGUUUUCUCUUUGGACAUUUGCUAAUCCAAUGGCUGACCUUUCAUUCAUGCAUAUUUAUGGUCAACGUGCCAUGGUUCCUGGAACUAUGAUUGUAGAUGGUGGUUCUGGAUAUUGCAAAUAUGGCUGGAGUAAGUAUAAUCGUCCAUCUGGGAGAUCAGCAACUUUUUUGGAAUUUGGUAACAUUGAAUCUCCAAUGUAUUCUAGGCUGAGGCAUUUCUUCUCAACAAUAUAUAGCAGGAUGCAGGUGAAAACAUCAACACAGCCAAUUAUUGUGUCCAUUCCUAUUUGCCAUUAUGAUGAUGCUGAAUCUGACAAAUCAGCUCGGAAGCAGCUAGAAGAAGCCAUCCUCUCAGCAUUAUUUGACAUGAAUGUUCCUGCUGUUUGUGCCAUGAACCAGGCAGUUUUGGCUUUGUUUGCGGCAAGGCGGACAUCAGGAAUAGUUGUCAAUGUUGGGUUUCACCAAACAUCUGUUGUUCCUAUUCUACAUGGCAAAGUUAUGCACAAUGUGGGUGUGGAAACAAUAGGAGUUGGAGCACUAAAACUUACAAGUUUCCUCAAAGAGCAGAUGCAACAGAAGAACAUAUAUUUUGGCUCACUUUACACCGUGCGCACACUGAAGGAGAACCUCUGCUAUGUUGCUCCUGAUUAUGAAGCUGAGCUAUCCAAAGACACAAAAGCCUCAUUCCAAGUUCCAUCAGAAGGUUUCUUUACACUUGAUAAAGAACGAUUUCAAACAGGAGAGAUUUUGUUCCAGCCUCGUAUUGCAGGAAUGCGUGCCAUGGGUUUACAUAAUGCUGUUGCACUUUGCAUGGAGCACUGUCAAGAAGCAGAACUAAAUACAGAUGAUUCUUGGUAUAAAACUAUAGUCUUGGCAGGGGGCAGUGCCUGUUUGCCGGGGCUAGCAGAAAGACUAGAGAAGGAAGUACGUGCCCUUCUUCCCCCAUCCAUGUCUUUUGGUGUCAGAGUACUUCCUCCCCCUUGUGGUGUCGAUUCUGCAUGGCAUGGGGCAAAACUCAUCAGCAAUUUGAGUACCUUUCCCACUUCCUGGUGUGUGACAAGGAAGCAGUUUCGACAGAGGUCCAGAAGCAAGCUUAUAUGGUGACAACUGGAGUCUAUAAUCAAACGACCAUCUUUUAGUUUGGGAGGAUGUAUCAUACACAAAGCUUCUUAAGCAUAAAUUAUUUCUUUUGUUUCAUAGUUUUAUGUACAAGUUGCCAACAAAGCAAAAGCCGGGCUUGUAAUGCUAAUAUAGAAUUAUAGUAUAUGAGAAGUCUUGUACAAUACCAUUUCGUUCCCCAAUCAAAUUUUUGUUACUGUGUAAAAAGUGAUGGAGUCUGAUAAGGAAUUAUAUAUAUGAAAGCCGGUUAUUUUA